AUGUCCGCCAGACCUCACUCCGAGGCGAACGCCCUCGCCACCAACUGCAGUGACGGUAGAGUGGUUGCGCUCGGCGCCCACGCCGAGCGCUGCAAGCUGGAAGCUUCUUUGGGGUCGGGUUGCACCGGCCUGCACUUGCACCCGCUGCUCACUGUAGCUUUCCGCCGCGCAGGCAGGUGGACAGGCUAG